AUGAAAUACCCUGAUGAAAAUGACCAUUUGUUACAAGAUCACUCACAUGGGAGUAGAAAUGGUAAAAAAACAAAUAACAGUUGGAGUACUUAUCAGAAUUACGAACUAAACAGGUUUAAAUCGGGAGGCCAAAAACCAUCGGAACCACCUGGCCAGGAAUCCAACGAGUACACGAGCAAGGACACCACGUUCGAAAACUAUCAGUACGGAGCUGAAAUUAACUCCCAGAAUAUAUAUACUAACCAGAGGCCCACCGGCCUUGAGGUGGACUUGAUGAGCAACAAAUUCAACAAACUCUGCGUAGAGCUGUACAACUCAGACUACACAACAGAACUCUACUUUUACCUGCUCCUGGCAAACAUAGUUAUUCUAAUAGAUACAAUGUUUUUUGACAAAUUCAUUUGUAUAUUCCUUGAGUUCGCAGUAAUUGUGUUUUUCUUCAUGGAGGUGUACUCAAACUAUCUGCUCCACGGCUCGAAGUACUAUAAGUCUAUUGAGGGACUGGUAGACACGACUAUGCUUUCGUGCUGUAUACUGUAUAUAACGAGCGGUGGGUACCUUAGGUACCAUUACGGCGACGUGGCGAGGCCUAGAUCAGCCGAGUAUUUUGAGGUUUUUCUAAUCCUUGUAAGGCUCGUUGUGCAGUUUUAUAGGCUGAUCCGCUACUUCUUCAGACACCGGAAGGCCAAGCAUGUUGGUGCUUUCAAAUAUAUAAAAAGAGAUAAUAAAUGGCCUUUGAUAGACAAAAAAAUACAUAUGGAAUCUCCACACCCCCUAUGGCCAAUUAACGCACCAUAUGUUUGGAACUUUAUGAGUUAA